AUGGCACAUCCAGCAGCUUCGUCCCACAGCAACCCAUCCUAUCCCGUUCAAUUCGACAAUUCAGACAAUAUCAAUAAACCUUCGUACGACGACCUCAUUGAUCAGUAUGCAUCCCCAUACGCCGCCUCGAGCAAACACAAGACGUCCUACGCAUUCGACCAUUCAUCCAAGAUGUCUCUAUCAACAGACGAGACUAAAGGCAUGGAAGCAGCUGACGAUUUCCGGCGAUCAGCAGCAUACCCACCGCCACUGCCAUCGUUACCGACACAAGACACACGGACAUUUUCGCAGAAGUACUUGCCCGAUUCCAUGGCUUGCCGACUGUAUAUCUUCACCGUUCUCGUCGAAACAACAAUUGAUCUCGCUGUAGAAGGAGACCUUCUACUGCGGGUACAUGAAGCAGGCGAGUCGGACGACACAAGCGCUGACCAGAUCAGUGGGCUUGCCAUCAAGAUGCCAGUCUACCUCGGGAUCUUCGCGCUCGCACACGUAUUCCAGUUCUGCAUGGCAAUCGACGCCGUCUACGCACGAAACACGCUGCAGUUCAUUUUCCUCGCCAUGUUCAACGCUCUCUUCCUCCUCUAUUCCAUCAUCCAGUCAAGCGAAGUUCAUUCAGUAAUCCAAAACACAACCGGCAUCAUCGGCAUCCCGAUCAAUGUCCUCCUCAUCGUCGUUCCUUGUGUCAUCUCUGUCUGCGAACUGGCCUACAUUGGCCUCGGAUGGAAAAUCUACACCGAAUUUGGCUGGAAGGUGUACAAGUUCCUCGGUGCUGAUCGUCGGAUCAGGCAAAUGUAUACCCACUACCAGAUCUUCCAGUGCCUCGUCAAGUUCAAUCUCUUCUUCUGGAUUGGCUACUGUGUCCAAUUGAUCUGGCUCGUCCUGCCCAAGAGCGAUUGGUCGUACUACGUCACAAUCGUCCUCUGCCCUCUGUCGAUCAUUCUGCUAGUCGAGGGACAUCUGGCAGCGCGAUACGAGAACAAGUGGAUGAUGAUCACAUUCCUGGUCGGCGCAAUAGGGGCGCUGGUUUACUUUUCCUACCAGCUCAUCAAAACACUGAUAAGGAGGGGAUCAGACGAUUACCUGAAUGUAUGGGAAUCACUGGCUGUUUUCUCUGUUCUCGCCAUCAUGCUCCUUCUGGCGACGAUCACAUACACAUGCAUUGUCUUCCGAAACUUCGGCAGGGGUCUGAAAGAGCAGGGUAUGCUUGUUUCCAUGUUUUACCCGACAUUUCAUACUUUUCUUAUGACAACGGGUCUCGGCUGA